AUGAAUUUGAAGAGAAGGAAGCAGCAGCGGCAGAACGGGCUUCCUCCGGAUUUCACUGAAAAUAUUAAGAGUUCUGCUGCUUCUUACAAAAGAACAACCCAUGGAACAAGAAUACUGCGUUUGGUAGAAGCUGCUGGCCUAGAUGUACACUGUGGAGCAGCAAUGGACUUUCUGGCACCAGAGAAACAGAAGCAGGAGGACCAAGUUCCAAGCAGAAACAUUGAAGAGGCCAGUCGCCCGUCUAUCAAACCAAAUGCUCUAACUUCCAUGGAUGUAAAUUGCCGUAUCGGAUUCCAAGAUUUUCCAACCCUCCUCUCCUACGCAAUUGUUGUGUGCGGUGGUGAUUUGGAUCGUCUAUUCAAAACAUGUUCCAAACUCACUUGGCUUGAAGAGUGGUUGUUUUACUUUGAGUUCAAGUACGGUCGCACAACUGGUGGUAGCUGGCAAGACUAUGAGAAGAUGUACAAGACCUCACAGAAGCCCCUUGGAAAGAUCCUGUUGAAAAAGUGGUCGCUUGAGCUUGGCACACGAGACCAGUGGCCCAUGUAUGCUAGCCAUGAGGAAGACGUAACCUUUUGUGACAGAAAAUGGAAUGAGUACUUCAAUCCAGCCACUGGAGAGAGAGAGAGAGAGAGAGAGAGAGUUGUGAUGCAUGAUGCAACAGGUAUUCCUUUACCUUGCCCAUCAAAGUCAGAACUCCAACGAGCACUUUUCAGUGACUACUAUGGUACAACGUGGGUCAAGGCAGGAGUCAGCCAUCAACUUUGCGGGUGGAUACGAGGAAUGCCUCUAAUGACUGGAAGAAUCACAGAUUCGCAGAUGAUUAAAGACUCAGAAAUACUGGUGGUCCAACGGAAGUUUUCAGAGGCUGAUACUUCUUCGAAGGAACCAUUGAACAAUAUAUUCGAUAAAGGAUUCGGAAACACGCUUGUUGCCAGCAUGGAGGGUCAAACAUGUACGCAACCUACGUACUCCAAAGGGGGUACCCAGUCCAGUGGAAAGGCUACUUUAUAUUCGGCUUGCGUGGCUGUGAUACGAUCUGGAAAUGAGCGUGCUGUUCAACGCUGCAAGAUGUCGUGGUUCCUGAAACUUGGCUAUGCCUAUCAACUGUUGGACAUUGAAUUGUUCUUGCACCAACAAUCGUAG